AAUGAAACCCUGUAAGACAGGCACUUUGUCUGUAACGAGCAGACCACGCGCAAGGGUCCCCACAGUGCCGUAUUAGCUCAGGGAGGAUUCAGUGAUACGAACCGCUGAUGAGGACCGGAGAGCGACAACUCGGCGUUAGGGAAUCAAAUGCGGACGUUUUUUGACGAUGGGCGGGAAACAAUCUCAUGGCUUCUCCAACAAGGAGCUAAGCGAGGUGAGCGUGAGCCAAGGAGGUCGGAGGAGCACCGCUAGCGACCAGACGAGUCUUUCAUCCGCCGCCGAGAGAAUCCGCAGGCACGCCACGGUGCACUUUGGCUACAGCACCCUGAGCCUGGCCAUGCGUGGGCUGGAUGACGCCCCGGCCGAGUUGUGGGAGCUGCGCGAGCUACAGAAGCUCAACCUAUCGAUGAACUGUCUCUGCUCGCUGCCGCCGGCCCUCGGCGCGCUGGACAACCUGGUGGUGCUCAACCUGUGGGGCAACAACCUGACCAGCCUGCCGCCCGAAAUCGGCUUACUGAAGAAGCUGCGCGUGCUCUUUGCCUGUCGCAACCGCCUGAGCGAGGUGCCCGAGGAGCUGGGAUCCUGCACCUGCCUGGAAGUGCUCAGCCUGGCCAACAACCAGAUUAGCGGUCUGCCCGGCAGUUUGGCAGCCAUGUGCAGCCUGACCAAGCUUAACCUGAGCCACAACCGCAUUGCCCACAUCCCUACUUGCGUCUACAGCAUGAAGGGCCUGGUCUUCCUCCACCUGGCCUGCAACCGACUGGAGACUAUCGCCGACCAGAUCCAGGACCUGGUCAACCUCAAGAUCCUCAUCGUGGAGGGGAACAGCAUCCACACCCUGCCCAAGACCCUGUGCUUCCUGGAGUCCUUAGAGCUCCUCAAUGUGGACUUUAACGAACUGCAGAACGUACCAAUGGAGAUGUACCUGCUGAUCGGGCUCAGGAGGCUCGCCUGCCAUCCUCUGGACAAGGGACUCCAUAUUAUCCAUAACCCCCUGCUCAAGCCCAUUCAGGAGGUACUGCAAGGAGGACUGAGCUCCCUGUAUAACUACCUCAAGCCUACGUGAGGCACCAUCAACGGGUGCGACACCGGCACCCGGAUAACGCCGCACACAUGGACGCCCGCUCCUCAAAACACAUACCCGCCCCAAUGCAGAUUCCACUAUCAGUAUUACAUCACAAGGCAUCUUGAGGCACACAAAUAGAUUCGAAGAGCCGUCGGCGGUUUGUAGCCGUUUAUUUACAACCGCCUCGCGCGCUAUGCGGAGCGCGCGUGUGAGCGUAAUCCGCAGUUAAGGGUUAAAAGGAGGCGGCAGAAAUUCACAGGUCCACAUUUGGAGGCUGAUCAGUGGCGAGCGGAUGGCGGCGAGGCGGGUAACGCGCACAUGGUUUGUUGCAUGCAGGUCAGCGAGAUCAGUCAGUGGAAAGAACAGUAAAGGAG